AUUACUAGCCAAUCACAGCACAGUAGGGCAGGAGUUUCCGCAAAACGGGUUGGAGGGAAAUAACGCCUCUCUGGCGGGGAGUCGAUUAAAAAUGGCGGAUAAACAACUUAUCGUGUGGUUGUUAUACGUUUGUAACAAGAAACAAAAGCAGCUGAUUUAACAUUUAGAUGUCAGAUGUGGAUGAGCUGGUUUACUGUAACGUUAAAGUUUCUGUGGCCCAGACGAAGGUUUGGACUGUUAAUCAUCUUAGUCAAAAGAAUAGUAGUUAGCAGAACGGUCAGUAUUUCGCAUAGACGGUUAAUUGCCCGCCAUGUGUAACGUUACUUAACGUUAAACGCUUAACUAGCUUCUAACGUAUGCUACUUUUGCCGUUUUUGUCACUACAACGCCUCCUGAUGUUUAAAACAACGAAUUUGGUCUGCUGUUCUUUCGUCGAAAGCUAAAUCUGUUCAACUAACGUUAGUCAUUACCGUCAUUAACUAUCGAAAGAUAAGUGAUAUAGGAAAAAUGAUAGGUUGACGUUAAUCAUCUGGGUUUCAUUCUUAACCGGUAUAUGUUGUGACUGAUGAAUUGCCCAUUGUGUGUGUCUGCUGGUUUCUCCUUAAGUUAAAACAUCAUAUACUUGAAACAAUACCCCUUUAACCCGGGUGCUGCAUACUUCAAGGCUAUGAGGCAGUUAGCUAGGUGGAUUAAUGGGAAGGGAGAGCAUCCCUCACCCGGGUGACUGUGGUUUAGAGUCCUGUUUCAUCAAACAUACACCCAGCUAAAGGGGCCCUUUUUAAUGAAUACCUAGCAGCCCUAGAGUGUGCUGUUUUGUAGUUAUUGACCCUAACCUGAUCUCUUAUCUCUCUGUAUAGGAGGUAAGUGAAAGGUACAGUACCAGUACAGCAUCACACAAGUCUGAUCGAGGACAUCUGUAAACUGUUGCCAGCCAUCUUCAAAGAUGUCCGAUUAUCUGACCAGAGAAUUCAGGGCCCAGCUGACUACAACCAUGGACUCAGUCCUGAGGAGAACAAUGUUUGAAAUAAUGAAGAUCUUUGAGAACAGCCUACAUGACCAUCAAAUGGAGCUGGCGCAGAAAGGAGAAGAGAUUGUUCAACUUAAAAUAAAGUUACAGACAGCAGAGAUCAAGCUGAGAGAAAGUGAGUGUGGAGGUGACAGAGGAGCGGAGAUGAAAAAAACUCAGAUGAAUGAAACGCAAAGAGAGCCUGAAGAUGUUCUGAACCCCCCUGGACAAACUUCUGAUGUUCCUGAGAUUGACUUUGAAGUACCUGAUGACUGGUGUGCCCCCCUGGGCUGCAAGACCGUGACCAAGCAAGAUGAUAUCGUGUGUCCCAGCGUAAAACUGCGCCCGCUGUCCAUUCCUCUGUGGCACAUUCCAAUCAUCAAGCAGGAGGUGGUUAACCGUGACAUUGACUCCCACCAGCAAACAAAGGAUUGCAGGAGAUCCAAGAGAGUUUCCUCAUUAAACGAGGGGCACAAACACACUCAGGACGGAAGCUUACCAAUGCGUGACGAAGAAAUUCAACGUCCAACAGUAAGAAACGACAUGAAGAAAUUGCUCCAAGACAUCAAACAGGAAUAUACUGACCUAAAAGGCAGACCUACAUGUCUUAGAAGAAAAGGGAGACAUUUAACAGGAAAAGAGCAAGAAAAUAAACUGAAGAGCAAAGGAGAGCAAAGAAAAAUCGCAGCAACUGAGUCCAAGUCUACAGAGCAGGAGACGGUGGAAAAUAAAGGUGAAAAAAGUUACUCGUGCAAGUUUUGUGAGAAGGUAUUUGAUACAGUAUUUGGCCGAAGUGUGCAUGUACGAUCACACAAGAGGUGUCGAGGUUGCAAAAAAGACUUCCCUUUUCCAAGUGCUCUUAAGUGUCACAAACCAUAUUGUGGAAAACUCAAGAAAUUGUUGGCAAAAGAAGCACGGUCCGCUGACCCUCCAAAACCUCAGUCCUGUGUUAAAGAAAAACCGACCUUACCAAGCAAAAAACAGGUGGUCAUUACGAAGGAAAGCACACCUUCCUCUAGCAACCACAAUGAAUCAUCUAUUCAGAAGGUUGGAACCACCAAAAAGCACUCCUGUGUACACUGCAACAAGAAGUUUAAUUCACGAUGCAAGUGCAAAGAGCACAUGCGUGUUCAUACUGGUGAAAAGCCAUUUCCUUGCAGCAUGUGCCCAAAGAAAUUCCGCAUUAAACAGUCACUCAAGAUUCACACAAUGAGAAUACACAAAGACCAAGUGAGUUCCAGUGAGACAAAUGGAAGCCUUGCAUGGACCAAGCCUUUAGAAGAGACUGAGGAUAAUCGGGAGGAUUUGAUUUCCCCCAGCAAAGACACAAGUCGAGCAAUCAACCAUAACAAUGUUCAGAAUAAACGCAAUCCAGACAAAAGGCAGAGUCAAAGAUGGCAAACAAUGGGCACAUGUUGCUCUAAUGGUUUCAUCUGCCUAUUGUGUCAGAAGCUUGUGAGAAACAAAUACAUGUUGAUUGAACACUUUCGCACCCACACAGGAGAGAGGCCCAUCAAAUGUGACAGGUGUCCCGCAAAGUUUCGUACUAGUGCACAGCUUUGCAUGCACAAAAAAAGGUGCCUUAAUCCUGUGAUCCAGUGUGAGAAGUGUGAGAAGAAAUUCCCCUCACAAACAAAGUAUGAUAAGCAUGUGUCUAAAUGUCACAGGGAAUGGCCUAAUAUCUGCAAGGUUUGUGGAAAAGGCUUCGUCACUAAAGGGCGCCUCAGGAACCAUAUGGAGCGUUACCAUAAGUAAGCACAUAUACAGUUAGCAUCACCUGUCUGUGGACAUGGAAACAGUGGAUGUUGACAUUCAUGCAUGUACUGAUUGAUGGGGUUUUCCUUGCAUUUAACAUUUUUUGGUGGCUUAAGUUAAACUGUUCUGUUGUUUUUUUGAGAUGUGGUAAUAAGAUCAAUAUAUAAAUCACAUCGGUAUUCCCCAUCUCUGUCAAAUAUUAAAACAGUACUUUAAAACCAGUAACAAAAAAUCUGGUGACAUGAAGGGUUUCUGCAAAUGGCAAGUCAGCAAGAUAUAAUUUUGAUAACAAAUUAAAAAUGCAUACUUUAUUGAAAAUAUUUCUGGAAUAGGAGAACCACAGACUGAACCCUGGAAGUCUUUUGUUAGUAACUGUUGUAGUUCAACAUCACACUUCUUGUGUCAUUUCAAUCUACAGUAAGAGCCCAGAGACAAAACAUCAGUGUCUCUGUCAUUGUACAUGUCCAAGCACUCUUGUUUUAAAGUUUUAGCCAAAUAUUUGUUAAUAUUAUGAAUAUUUUCAUCAAUACCAUGUGAAAAAGAGUUUGUAUAGGGGUGGGUGAUGGGUAAAAGUUAUCACAGUACAUUUAAUCUUAUAUUGUGAUAGUGGCACAUAUUGUGAUAUAGUUCCUAAUUCUUUUAGGAAAUCCAAUUUUUAUAGAAAAAAUACCGUGAUGGAAAUGUGUGUGUUUUUUUUUUUCAUUCAUUCCUGACAAAUCAUCACAUUGAUGGAAAGUCAUGUAAAUCCAAUAUUGCCUUAAAGCAGACCUGCUCUUUGAUGACAAUUUUGGCCGCAAUGGUCUAUUACACACAAAAGAAUAGCUACCUCGGUGGAAGCUGUAUAACGAAAUCUGUUAAAAAUCUGUUGUCUCGCAGUAUCCAGCAUAUCGUCCCAACCCGGUUGUAUUUACUGAAAGUAAAUGUUCAGUUAUCUGUACUUAUUUGUCUACUGUUUGCCUUAAUCAGAGCUUAUGCUGUUUGGUAUCAAGUCUACGAGUUUCAGCAGAAUUUGACAAACUGCAUCACUCAGUCUUUCAGAUCACCACAGAGUGUCUGGUGACGUGCUUGGUUGUGGAGUCAGACGUUUGACCCCAGCUUUGCGAUGUUGACUGUAUUUGCUGGACAAAAUGUGAUUGGUUAUACUGUAAAAUGUCUCCUGUUACUUGACAGAUAUCUGAAAACAUUCCAUUGUUGAGGACUUCUUACAUUCAAAGUUGUCCUGUUGUUAUUUCACCUGAUGCUUGAUUUCUGACACAAGCCAGAACAGAAGUGAACAUACAGUAUUUUACAGUUUGAACUGUAACAAACUAAGUCUGUUUUAUUUUGUAUGGGUUGUAUUGUUUUUCUUUGAUCCACAUGGAUAUAAUGGAAGACGUGGUCUUACAAGCCUACUGUUCUUUUUUUACUUUAAUGACAGUGUUGUAAUAGUGUUGUUAGAUUGUCAGCAUCAAAGCUAUCCUAUUAAAAUCCAUAUUUUAUA